AUUCAUUCAUUGCGCGCCACAUUUUUUUAGGAUUCAUAAAAGUUUAAACUUCAAAAGAAUUUCACAAGAAGACUAACUGAUACCUCUUGUCCAGUAAUUUCUUGUAAAAUCUGGGUUAGCAAAGAACCCUUUGGCGCACAGACCACAGAUAUUAGAAGUACCUCCCACGGGACGAGUGACACACUCGAAAAUGGUCCGCCGUGGAAGUCGAGCGACGGGAUCAGCGCCGGCGAAAAACACUUCGUCGGCUUUGUCUUCUUCGGGCUCCACCCACAACGAAACACAGUGGAAAAAUUUACGUCCUCAAACAGCGACCGGUGCUGACACAAAUUUAUCGAAAAAUACAAAAAGCUCCGAUAGUGCCAACAGUAGCCCCGGUUCAAGGAAGAGUACAAGUCCGCCAGUCUCAAAAAAAGGCAUCGCACAAUCCGGAAAAGGGGGACGAUCGAGCAGUAACUGGCGAACUACUCGCGGGAAUGGGCGUCAUGUCGCAGCUGAUCCGAAAUUCACGAUCACCAGCGAGGACUUUCCUGCACUUCCCGGCGUUCGUGGAGGGAACGGAGGAACUUGCAAUUCUACGCCAUCCAAGAAUUUGAAGAAGGAAAAGGAAAAUGGAAAGCACGGACAAGGCGAUUUGGCGUCAACUGACGAUAGUGGAGUCUCUUCAGCAAGCCGUGGACACACACCAAACGGUAGCACUGGAUCUCGUCACGUGCGUGCUGCUAGCACGGCUGGACGAUUUGUCAAAACUGACUAUGAAGGCAAGAAAAAAGCUCAUCCAGCUUCUUUCGCAAACGAGGAAAAAGCCAAGCGUAAGAAUACCUCGCCGGUGAAAGAACGCCCACCGCGCGGACACGGGAAACAACUCCGCAUGGCUGUUCAGCAGCCACUUUCAACUUCUUCACCGAAAAAGAAGACGAUCAAUGCCAAUUCGGCAACAGCUGCUCCAUCGUUCAUGAAAUUGUCGAAGGUUGGCCAGAAAAUUCCUGAGCGUCGUGGUGGAUCGAGAGUCAGCAAUCCAACACUGUCAUCUUCAAAUUCAAGCUCUCCUGCCAAUGACGAAAAGGAAAACAAAUCGAAGAAACCUACGGAACAGCCGACUGCAAAAUCUGAGCUGAUACCUGAAUCCUUGCCAGACAAAGUGAAAAUGAAGGAGCAGGCUCCCGUGAAGUGCGCGGAACAGCCUAAGAUACAGACGAUUCUCCCAUCUUCGCACUGCAUCUUUCAUCCAACUGAUGUUUCGAAAAUCAUUCUUGGUCCAGACGGAGAUAUGAACAAUAUCCCACCUACCAUGCUCUCUGAUCAAUAUGGAAUGGCAGCGAUGCUUCCUAUUCUCGAUAUUGUCAAAAAUCGUGCUAUCAAUGCGAACACAGAUCUCACCGAAGAGAAACUUCGCGACAAAAUCAAAAAUGAGAAUAUUGAAAUGAUGACUAUCGGAUUCGAUCUUAACGAGUUGGGUGUUCCAAUGACAACACAGGAUACCAAUCAGAAGAGUGUGUGGGAAACAUUUGCCGGUCCAUUUGCAAGUGAACCUCUUUUGCCAGCCAAUAUGGGAUUGACUUAUAAUCAAGUCCCGAAUGUCUAUUACACUGCACGAACACUCCAGUCGAGCUUCGACAUGCUGCACAACAUACCUGACAAGUUUGGAGUUCACGAGCUUUUCUACAUCUUUUACAAUCUUCCGAAGGAGCUGUGGCAGCUGAAUGCUGCUCGCGAAUUGCAGUACCGUGGCUGGCGAUACAACAUGAAAGAGAAAUUGUGGGUGCACAAAAAGCUUGGCGAGCCUGAUGAUUUCGGAAUAACAAUCACAGCUCCACAAAACAUUUUCACUGUGCCAGCAAGCAAUCAGGAAGAUGUGAUGAUUGGAAUAUUCGAGAUUUAUGAUGCCGAAAAGGCUCGCAUUUGUUCCGCCGAAUUGUGCCUUCGUCGUUCUGACUUCGAGGUUCCAGCAUGGGAACAGAAAGUUCCGGAUGCCUAUCAAAAAAUGGUGUCGGCAAUGAUUCCAAAGGAAAUGCUGUGGGGACCACGUGAAGAUCGCAAGCAAUAUGGAUUGAUGCAAGGAAUAACUGGACUUCUUGCUCCAGGUCAUGGAAGAAACAAAGUAUCCAAUUUGGUCAUUCCAAAGCAACAACCAUCAGAGCGUCGUUUGCUUAGCUUCGCCGAGUCUCCAGAUAUCACGCCAACCUUUGACAAUCCAUUUGGCACCAAUCCGACAGGCAACACAGCUGAGGAUCUUUACCGCCAACAGAUGUAUGCGAUGAUUGUUCAGAAGAUGCAAAUGCACCAGCAACAGCAGUUCCAACAGCAUCAGCAACUUCAGUCAGGAGGAUCCGCUUCAAACCUGUCGAAGCAGGCAACUUCAUCUUCAUUUUCGUCGUCUAAUCUUUUCUGAAAAUCGUGAAGAUUUGUCAAUUCCCAACAAUGUGCAUUGUUGUUCAUGAUCUACUGUUUUGUGUUCAUAGAUAUUGCACUUUAUUACUGGAAAUCGAAUCACAAUGUGAUGAUGCUUUCCAUGUCCCUCAACAAAAAUAUAUUAUGUUCCAUUUUCCACAUAAUCAAAUUACCAUGUUCUUAUUAGAAUCUGCUAGAUUUUUGACAAUUCCCCUUGUUUUGGUAUCAUAUUCCAUUCAAGAUAUUAUUUCUCUCUCACAGACAGGGAUCUCCAUUGACAUGUGUACGAAUGGCCCAUUUUUUGUCCUAUUCGCCCCUUUCCCCGACCAUCCUGGUAGUUCCCAUCAUUCCCCCAUACCAAUGCAUCCCGUUUUUAUACAACAGUCUUAUACUUCUCGAUUCGGUAGAAGACUAGCUUUUUCUAUAUCAUUUUUUAUUUUUGAUUCGAAAAGUCCAAAUUCCCGAUUUAUAAAUAUGUUCGACAAAUCC